AUGGUUUGGAGGGGUAUUCUUAAAGAUAGUUUGCAGGUCUGUUACAAAGUUCUGAGCUGGUUGAAAUUUUCUACGGCACUGCAUAAUCAAACUUUCAGCAAUUCGCCGGACUGUGAGGAAGGAGCAGAAUUUGCACUGAAAAAUUCAGUGUAUUAUGAUUUAUUUGUACAUGGUUUCUUUGGAAAGGUCGCAGUGGAAGCGGCAGUUCGGAUUUUGAAAGAAGGAGGAAUGGAUGCCAUAAAAUUGGAAGGAGGUUCACCAUCAAGAAUUGUUGCAGCAAAAGCUAUUGUUGAAGCUGGAAUAGCCGUGAUUGGGCAUUGUCUGUGCAGGUUGAACAUUUUUGGUGAUCCUAAUAGGAAUGUGUCUGUGCAGGUUGUGGAGACGGCAUUGGCUUUGCAAGAAGCAGGGUGUUUUGCUGUUGUUCUAGAAUGUGUGCCUGCACCUGUGGUUGCCGCAGCAACAGCAGCACUUCAAAUUCCGACUAUUGGAAUUGGGGCUGGACCCUAUUGCAGUGGACAGGUACUUGUUUAUCAUGAUCUUCUUGGUAUGUUGCAGCACCCCCACCAUGCAAAGGUUACUCCAAAAUUUUGUAAACAAUACGCUCGUGUUGGAGACGUCAUCAACAAAGCCUUACUUGAUUAUAAGGAAGAUGUGAUAAAUGGUUCAUUUCCUGAUGCUCAACACAGUCCAUACAAAAUCAGUGAAACUGGUGCUAAUGGUUUCUUAAAUGAGCUGCAAAAGUUAGGUUUUGACAAGGCAGCAUCUGCAGCGUCUGAAGCAGUUCAGAAGAUGGUUACCAAAUCAACAAAGUGACAAUUUAGUAAAGCUACUGACUGCUCCUCCAUUUUUCCUUUGACGCUCUUCGUCUCUUUCAAUGACAGAAUAAACCGUAGGACUUAAGUGAAUAGAAUUUGGGCAGAACAGAUAGGUAGACAGUUAGAUUGAUAUCAUUUUCUUAAGGCGGAUUGCUUCAAUUGUUCAAAUACAUGAAGAAAAAAAAUUAUGUUACGUUUUUUUGUUUUGCCAUCUCACAUCAUAUAUGGAACCUCCAUAAAUGCUCUUACAAAGAUCUUAAGGCGAUAUCACGAAAAGAAAUGUUGUUUUGAAGCAUUGUAUCAGAGAAAAAUGUUGAAAACCAAUUUUGAUUUGUUCAUGUUUGUUUUGGUUAUUCAUAUGGAGCU